GGGCCUGAGAUUGGCAACAUUCUAUCGAAUGGAGAACCUAUUAUUAUUACUCAUCCUGUCGACGGUGCUGAUGACAAUGAUGCGAAUGGACGUUCUGUCAAAGUGGUUCGCUAUCAAAUGUCUUCUAAUCACCCGCCGUCAGUCUUUUAUUGGAUUAUGAUAGCAUUUGGAGUUGGAGCAUUGCUGCUAACUCUAUACGCUUCAGUCAUCUUCUUCCGUGUUAUGCGUUCAGCUGCCUACAGAAGAAUUUCCAAUGACGGAGCUGGUCGUACGGUCGCACCAUCUGGUCCAGGUCCUCUUCCUGUGAAGAAGGUGCCAUUAGAUGGUUGGGUCGAACGUAGCGAGCCAUCCGGUGUACCUCCACCAGCGUAUGAUCAGGUUUCAAUUCAUUCCUUGCAAAAGCAGAAACCGUCCGAUGUAACUGAGCAGCCGCAUGCAACAGAUGUCGAAAUGGGCAAACCAUCGCACGAUCAGAAAUGA